AAUCACAUGCACAUAAAGCUAUACCAAUAACUACAGUACACAAGAAACACUACCUGAGCCGAUUCGCGCCUGAAGGGGUUACUUAUACUUGCCAGCAUUUAGAAACGGGGGGAUUUUACGCAGCAACUACAGGAAUAUAGAUUUUAUUUUUCAUUUAUAAAUAAUGGUGCUUGCUUACUGCUAUAAAUGUUUUACAGAAUGAAGAUCGGAUCAAGUGGUUGCUGAAGGACAUGGGAGCAUUAAGGAAAACAUUGUCUUUGGUUCUCGAUCUCGGCUCAAUAUUAUUGUCAAGGAGCAAGCAUGUCAUGACGAAGGGAGCACCCGGACUUCACUGGAGGAGCUACAGCAACUAUAUACAGAGAAAGGCAUCUGGGAAUACUGGGUUUUUGUUCACCUUUCCAGUUUUGCCUUAUCUUGGAUAUGAAGCAUACAGACACAUGAGCUAUGCAGGAGUGGUUCAUGCACAGUGUAAUGUUGAAGAAGUCAUCGAACAAGCUGAUUAUCUUUAUGGCACUGGAGAAACAGAAAAGCUUUAUCAUCUAUUAGUAAAGUACAAAGAUAGUGACAAUGCUGAGUUUCUGUGGCGACUAGCUCGGGCUUCGCGGGAUCUGGCUCUUCUAAGCAGCACAUCUGCAGAAGACAAGAAAAGACUGAUGUAUGAAGCCUUUGAUUAUUCAAGGAAUGCACUAGAGAAAAAUGAAUCUAGUUCUGCAGCACACAAGUGGUAUGCUAUUUGUAUCAGUGACAUUGGAGACUAUGAAGGAACUAAAAUAAAAAUUGGAAAUGCUUAUAUAGUAAAAGAACAUUUACAGAGAGCUGUUGAACUAAAUCCAAAAGAUGCUACUGCAAUCCACAUCUUGGGCCUCUGGUGCUUUGCCUUUGCGGAACUACCUUGGUACCAGCGCAAAAUAGCUGCCAUGCUGUUUGCAUCGCCACCAAGUUCAACGUAUGAAGAGGCUCUUGGCUACUUUCUCAAGGCUGAAGAAGUUGACGCCAAUUUUUAUAGUAAAAACUUGCUAAUGCUGGGAAAAAGCUACAUGAUGCUGAAGGACCAGAAGUCCUCUGUCUUGUGGCUCAGCAAAGCUAAGGACUACCCAGUUCACACAGAGGAGGAUAAACAGAUUCAUAAAGAAGCGGUGGAACUUCUCAAAACACUUGGUGGUUAAAACCAUGUGACCAAGCGCAAUCAUGCAACUUCUAUCUGCUAUCCAUACACAUGUUGAGUAGAUCAUUUUAUUCCCAUCAACAGAUGUAUAGAUAAAGCAACACAUACAUGUACUAAACACAAUAGAGAUUAAACAUUGUGUUUCAGAAGACACUAAUCUUAAGUCAGUUAGUUAUAGGCAUACUACUGUGAAUGUACAGUAGGAUUCCUAUAAUAAUCAUGUAUUAAAAUAAGAAGCCAACUUCCCAGUGUUUCAGUAUGUUUAACAUACCUCUGUCAAUAGAAAGUGUGUUUGAAAAUAAACAUUGGAGGUACUUAAGAACUUUUGAUGCCAUAACAAUUACACUCACUUAUUUCUAUUGAAAAGUAUUAAUGUCUUUGAGAUAUAUAAAUUAAUUCAUAAAAUAUCCGUCAUGUAAAACUAGCAACCUUGUUUAUGGUAUAUUUUGCCCAAAAUGUAAUAAAAUUAAAUAUGUAGGAGAGACAGGUACAACAUUAUACAAACACAUCCAGAAUCAACAAUCAAACAUAAGAAAUGCAAUUAAUGAAUUCAUUAAUAAAAUAAAUUAAUGAACCAGUGGUUCAAUCAUAACACAAAUGACCUAAAAUUCAUACUUUUACAAAAUAAUAAAUUAAGUCAUAGACAAUGUACAAUAUAGAAGACUAAAAGAAAAUAAAUGGAUGAAUAA